CGCCUCCAGCAUCCUCGAUCCUACAAUCUUCAUCAGCAUCAACAUCUCGUUUCGACUCCCUAAGCAGCACCACCUAAAAAAGCGUCGUCACAAAGGAGACUCUUGUUUUCAUCUCCUUCAUUUCCAGGUAGUAAGCCAUCAUCAGAAGAGAUUUUCUUUCAUUCUUACACCCUUGAUCUCUCGCUGAUGACCUCCUUUUUUCUCUAGUGUCGUUAAAGCAGAUUCCUACAAUGGGUGAUUCGGAUUAUGAUAUCGAUGAUUUGUUUGACGAUCUUCUACAGCUCCCCCCAGAGCUUCUGCUGGUGGUAAUAGAUAUGGUAAAUCAUCUCCAGGACUGGCUACGUGGAUUGGUGCACGACGACAUGCCUAUGAACGCGCCCGACUUGAUUUUAGAUCCAUACGAAUUGCUAGAUUACCUCCCCAGAUACACUCCGAAUUCAUGGGGCUUUCCACAAAACCAUAGAGCUCACGUCACUGGUCGAUACCAAUACAUCCAGCAACCGCCAGCUCGACGAAGCAUAGCCUAAUGAAAGCCGUAUCAUACCUUUUCGGUGUCUCUUCAGCUGGAAACGCCACACUAGCCACCUGAAGCAGCAUCUCACGUUGCCUUCUCUCCUGGAAUUUACCCCCUGAAGACCAAAGUCACUCUACCUUGCGUCAGAGACGGUUGGACAGAGCAAAGCACCGGGUUCUAACUUCAUUCAGCCAUAAAUGUCGCCUCCGAGAG